UGUACUUUUCCGGAACUCGUGAGUUUGGAGAAGGAAAAUUUAUUGUAAGAUGGCCAAUUGUGAAAUGGAGAAUGGUUUCCCAGAUCUGAAAAAUGAUCUGAUUUUACGAGCUGCGCGUGGCGAAGUGACAGAGCGAGCACCCAUUUGGGUCAUGCGGCAAGCGGGUCGCUAUCUGCCAGAAUUCCUGAAAUUAAAAGCAGAAAACGAUGCUGAUUUUUUCAAGAUGGUACAGACUCCAGAGCUGGCUUGUGAACUAACUCUCCAGCCUAUACGAAGAUUUCCUCUGGAUGCAGCCAUUAUCUUUUCAGAUAUUCUUGUUAUCCCUCAGGCUCUUGGGAUGACAGUUCAAAUGAUACCUGGCAAGGGUCCAGUAUUUCCCGAGCCCCUGAGGGAACCAAGUGACAUUGAGAAACUUGUACAAGAAGUUGAUUUAGAGAAGACUCUUGGAUAUGUUUUCCAAGCAAUAACUCUAACAAGGAACAAACUUGAAGGAAAAGUUCCUCUCAUUGGUUUUACAGGAGCUCCGUGGACUCUAAUGUGUUACAUGAUUGAAGGAGAGAGCAGCAAAACUUUUAAUAAAGCUCGUAAAUUCUUAAACCAACAUUUGGAAGUUUCUAGCAAGCUGUUACAACAGAUGACUGAUUUGAUUGUAGAUUACUUGGUUCUACAAGUUCGUGCUGGAGCACAGAUGUUACAAGUGUUUGAGUCUCAUGCAGAGGUUAUUGGCUAUGAUACAUUCAUGCUGUGUUCACUGCCGUACCUCAAACAAAUAGCUGAAAAAGUCAAAGAAAAGUUAGGACCUGAUGCGGUUCCAAUGACUAUUUUUGCCAAGGGUGCACACUAUGCCAUCAAAGACCUCUCUCAAAUUGGAUAUGAUGUUAUCAGUCUGGACUGGACAAUGUCAGCAAAAGAUGCAAGGAUUGUUGCACCAACAGUGACACUUCAAGGGAAUCUUGAUCCAGCCUGUCUGUACAGCAGUCAUGAGGACAUAGUACAUGCAGUGAAAGACAUGUUGAGGAAGUUUGGUACCCAACGAUACAUUGCUAAUCUGGGACAUGGGAUGCAUCCAGAUCACGAACCAGAAAAACUUGCUACAUUCAUAGAUACUGUUCAUAAUUACUCAGAGACACUCAAUGAAAGAAAAACGCCUUGUUCUUAAUGUAUGAACAUUUGUUACUAAUACAUGGUUAGUAAAUAAAAUCUUCAGCUAGCUACUGCAUUAGCAUACUGAUAGGAGAUUAUCAAAUGAGAGUAACAACUCAGUCACAUUAAAUUUUUUUCCUUUAAAACAGAAAAGUUCUGAAAAAAAACCUCAAACCUUAGUUAUUUCAAAAUCAGUAGAGUUGCAGGGUUUUCAUUAGGAAACACUAAAAUGAAAAAAAAGGGUAAAGUAACAAAGGCAUAAUCUUCACUUCACAAUAUACAAAAAAUCUCAGUCCAUCAAGAUUUAACCUGCAAUUUUUUUUCCACUUUGAUUCUUGAUCAACACCCUGAAGCUGAACUAGAGAUUCCUGGUGUUGAACACUUGAGUUCACUAACUAUACUGCAGCACUUACUACUUUGUUACUUUCCCUACAUUGUCAUUACAUUACCCAGUAUUAAGGUGAAGAGAUAACGAAAACUUAUUAGCCAGAGGGUUUCUCCUAGAUAUCACACUGAAUGCUCUCAACAAACUAGCAAAAAUAGGUAUGGCAACCAGUAGGGAGAGUUACAAAUCACAUCACAGGAAGACAUACAACUUAUUGAAUUAUAGUUGAGAACUGUUCACAUUUCAUAGGUGACUACAUCACUAUUUAUUUUCUUACAUAAAAUUAAUUUAACACUGAAAGAAAUUCAGUAGUGGAAUUUCAACAACAAAAAUUAAAGCUGUUAAAACCUUAUGUAAGUGUACUACUAACAGUACUUCUUCUGGAUUAUUUACUUGUCAAAUUUCUCCAGUUAUACUCCUAUGCUAAGGCACCCUAACCAAUUUUAUCAGAACAA